GCGAGCGAUGAUAAUUCUGUUUUGGUGACGUGAGUUUGUUUUUGUCGGAGAACAGUCAAUUAAUAAGUAGCCAAUCCCAGAAGGUAUUGUUGUUUAUAUCACCAACCCUCCUGAAAGCUUCCACAAAUGUUGCAAGAGCACUUCACCCUCAAUACCGGCGCGAAGAUCCCCGCCGUGGGUUUCGGAACCUGGCAGGCUGCCCCCAGCGAAGUCGAAAAAGCCGUAGAAGAGGCACUGAAGCAAGGCUACCGCCACAUCGACUGCGCUGCAAUCUAUCGUAACGAGAAUGAAGUCGGAGCUGGGAUCAAGAAGUCAGGGGUCGAGCGCAAAGACAUCUUCAUCACCGGAAAGCUAUGGAACACAAAACACAGAGCGGAAGAUAUCGAAUCUGCACUCGAUAAGACCCUUAAGGACCUGGGUACAGAGUACGUCGACCUUUACCUUAUGCAUUGGCCGGUCGCGUUUGCACCUGGAGACAAGUUCUUCCCUCUCGACGAGCACGGUGUCUUCAGGCUCGACAACAUCGACCCUGCAGAAACAUACAAGGGCAUGGAGAAGCUGCUUCAAACGGGCAAAGUCAAGGCCAUUGGCGUCUCAAACUUCACAAUCGAGAAGCUUCAGGACCUUUUAAGCAAGACAUCAGUCGUCCCUGCUGCAAAUCAGAUUGAAGCCCAUCCCUACCUCCAGCAGCCCGAACUGCUCAAAUUUUGUCAAGACAAAGGCAUCCUAGUCGAAGCCUACUCGCCCCUUGGCAACAACCAGACUGGUGAACCACGCACGGUAGAUGAUGCCCAAGUACAUGAGGUUGGAAAAGAGCUUGGAAUGGACCCAGGCGUUGUACUUGUCAGUUGGGGUGUGCAAAGAGGCACAGUCGUGUUGCCAAAGAGCGUCACCCCACACAGGAUUGCGUCGAACCUCAAGGUCAAAGAACUGCCGGUUGGAGCAUUUGAAAAGCUUGACGCCCUUGAGAGACACAAGCGCUUCAAUUUCCCAGCCCGGCGGCGAAGCGGUCAAAAAAAUUGCACUGGAAGCUGGAGAGGAAAACAAGACAAAAUUCGUGGUCUAGAUAAAUGCUUGAGACGUGUAGAAAACAUCAAGACGAUCCUGUUCAAUGAUCAACACCUUAUUCAGGGUAGCUAUGGGACUGUUGCAGUCAACGGUCUCCGAGCGACGGUGAAUAUCCAAUUGCCAAUGGUUUGAUUGCCAUAUCGACUACUGGGUGAGGCGUAUUGCGAAGGGGCACUUCCAUCUAGAAAGUAGUCUUGUC